AUGGCAUCUCCGAGUUUCUCGGAGCUGGAGCACCGCAAUCGGUUGCCGACCCUGUUUGAAGUGCUCAGCCGUCGCACUUUGGCCCCCGUCGAUCUAUUCUCAUUCUACAUCUACAUGCGCGACCAGCAACGCUCGGUCGACUACCUUGACUUUUGGCUCGAUGUCUCUCAGCACAUGUCACUUUGUCGUCACUAUGUCCGAGAGCUUCGCCGUUCCGUCCUCGUUGCAACUCCAGACAUCGAGAGAACCGAAAGUAAAGGUUCAUCUGCUAUGCUUGAUAGCUUGGAGAAUAUGAAUGAUAUCCCGCUGAUGGAGGCUGGGCCUUCUCGUCUGGGUGGCAACAAUGAAAAGUUCCGCGAUGCCGAUCAACGUCUCUCUGCUUUCCUGCGUGCUGAGGGUCAUCCUACGUCUCACUCGCCCCAGAACAGUCUUGGAUCUCGAUCCGCCUACAGCAACACCCCUUCCAUGGAGCCACGCUCCAGUUCUGCUACUGGACAUCGUGACUCUCAUGGAAACCAAGUGGAUCGAAAUGAUAUUCGGGCUAGUGCCGAGAAGAUUCUCUACACCUAUCUGCUUCCUGGCUCGGAGCGUGAGAUCAUUUUGCCCGAUAUCAUGGUCUCGACUAUCAUUAAUUUGAUCGAGGAUGAUGGACGUGAUGACCCUGAGGUGUUUGAUCCUGCCAAGGACUAUGUUUUCCAGGCCAUGGAGCGUGAUGCAUUUCCCGGUUUCUUGCAGGCUAAGGCCCUGGGUAAUCUCGUGCCCCUUAGCAUUAUCGCACGUCUGGCCUUUGCUUUGAUCAGCUUUGGCGGAGGAUUCUGGGGAGCCUUUUACGUUGUUCUGCGUAACAAGCCCCGGCACAUUCGCUGCUGGGUGAUCCUCCCAUUCGCCGUUGCAUCCUAUUUUCUCGUCUCAUACCAGUACAAGAUCGACCCCGCAAUGGCAUUCCUUGGUUACAGCGAGUAUACUUUUAUGAGUUGGGCGCCAAUUCGUGAACCGUAUGUUCGCAAACUUUUGAACAAACGAGCCAUCGUUACUUGGGCAGUCGCCUUCCUCACAGCUUUGGCACUGAGCAUUUUGUUCAUCUUCGUCCCUGGCACCAUGCUGUAA